UUGAGAAAUGAUCAUCUUGAAUACUCUGCUGCUCAGUCUGUGUGCACCACAAUGUCAGCAGCCAUGGACUCAAUCAGUUGUUCAAUAUGUCUGGAUCUACUGAAGGAUCCGGUGACUAUUCCCUGUGGACACAGCUACUGUAUGGGCUGUAUUAAAGAUUGCUGGAAUCAGGAUGAUCUGAAGGGUGUCUAUAGCUGCCCUCAGUGCAGACAGACCUUCACCCCAAGGCCUGCUCUGAAGAAAAGCACCAUGCUAGCAGAAUUGGUGGAGACUCUGAAGAAGACAGGACUCCAAGCUGGUACCCCUGCUCACCAUUAUUCUGGACCUGGAGAUGUUGCGUGUGAUGUCUGCACUGGGAGAAAACUCAAAGCGGUCAAGUCCUGUCUGGUGUGUCUGGCCUCUUACUGUGAGACUCACCUCCAGCCUCACUAUGAAUCUCCUACCUUUAAGAAGCACAAGCUGGUCAAAGCCUCCACACAACUAGAGGAGAAGAUCUGUUCUCAUCAUGACAAACUGGUGGAGAUUUACUGCCAUACUGAUCAGCAGUUUAUCUGUUAUCUGUGUACAAUGGAUAAACAUAAAGGCCAUGAUACAGUCUCAGCUGAAUCAGAAAGGACUGAGAGACAGAGUCAACUGGGAGAGAAACAGAAGGAAACCAAACAGAGAAUCCAGAAGAGACAGAAAGAGAUACAGGAUGUGAGACAGGCUGUGAAGUCACUCAGGCGCUCUGCACAAGCAGCAGUGGGAGACAGUGAGAGGAUUUUUACCGAGCUGAUCCACUCCAUUGAGAGAAAGUGCUCUGAGGUGAAAGAGCUGAUCAGAGCCCAGGAGAAGGUUGAAGUGAGUCAAGCAAAAGGACUUCUGAAGCAACUGGACCAGGAGAUGGCUGAGCUGAGGAGGAGAGAGGACGAGUUGGAGCAGCUCGCACACACAGAAGACAACAUUCAAUUCCUCCAGAGUUUCCAGUCUCUCUGUGUCCCUCCUCAAUCUGAACACUUACUCAGCAUCACUGUCAACCAACACGUCUUCUUUGAGGAUGUAAGGAAAUCAGUCACUGAGCUAAAAAGCCAAUUAGGAAAAAUCUGCUUUGGGGAAAUUGCCAAGAUCUCUGUAAAAGUGACAAAAGUCCACAUUGUUCCACCUUCUGAGCCCCGUUGUCUUCCGUCAUUUGGCACAACUCAGUCUGGACUGUCAGUUGGUGGAUUAGCAUCACAUGGGAAUGACACCACCUGUCAGAAGACAAGGCCUGAACCCAAGACCAGAGAGGAGUUCUUAGAAUAUUCCUGUCAGCUCACAUUGGAUCCCAACACGGCAUUUAACUGUCUGUGUCUGUCUGAGGGGAACAGAAAGGUGACACGGCGUUAUAAGGACCAGCUUUAUCCUGCCCAUCCAGACAGAUUUACCACCUACCCCCAGGUGUUGUGUGGAGAGGGUCUGUCUGGAGCCUGCUACUGGGAGGUGGAGUGGAGCGGGGACUGGGUUGAUAUAGCUGUCUCAUAUAAAGGGAUAAGCAGGAGUGGACCUGACGAGGGUUUAUUUAGAAGCAGUAAACAGGCCUGGUGUUUGGAGUGUGAUGCUUCUGGUUGCUCUUUCUAUCACAAUAAUAAACCGAUUGUCAUACCUAUCUCCUGCUCCACCAGAGUAGGAGUGUACCUGGACCACAGUGCAGGAACUCUGUCUUUCUACAGUGUCUCUGACACAAUGACACUCCUCUGCAGAGUCCAAACCACUUUCACUCAGCCCCUCUAUCCUGGGUUCACUGUCUCUAGAACUGUGAAUAUACUGAAACCAAACAAGAUUAUUAUAGCAAACUAAAACGAAUCUUGAAAAAACUAUUUAGUAAACCGAAAUAAAAUAACAAACUAAAUUGUAAAAAUACAUAAAUAAAUAAACAAACAUAACCUAACUAGGCAAGUCAGUUAAGAACU